CUGUAUGGGUAUAUUUUUAGCACAGAUAAUUGCAACAAUAUUGCAAUGUAUGGGUAAGCACAUUAAAAGUCGAAAGCUACUAGUAUUAAUUUAAGUGUUUAUUCGAUAAGAAUUGCAAUACUUUAAUGUUGAGUGUGUAAAUGUUUCGACUUUACUCGACUGACCUCAUGAGUACAAAUGAGCAAUUAUAAACGUACAAAUGUAAUAAUCGUUAAUAAACGAAUACUAAAUUAUUAUUAGCGUAUAGUUUAGUUUAAAAGCAAAAUGCAACGCUCCACGCAGCAAUAAAGUUUGAUAUUUUCAUUCUAAACCUUAAACAGACACGUAGGAUGCAACAUCUGAAUGUAUUUUCAUUGUACCCACCCGAGAUGUUAAUAUCUAAAAACUUUUAUAAUUUCAUUUGAAGGAACAAAAUCAGACAUUUGCCACAAUUUCUCGUUGCGACACUGGUAGAAAUAGUUAAAAAACUGCACUGUGCAAUGAAAACGGCCACAAUAACAAUUCAAAAAGUAAAGAUGAAAAAGUAUUCCCUAUAACGUCUUUCCUCGCCCGCGAGAUGCAGAGGCGAUCGCGAGCGAUACGGCCGUUUCUACCCUUUGUUUUUUUUCACGCCGGCCACCAGUGUCAAUGACUGGGAUUGAGAAUACGAAGCAUCGGCCUGUUCUCUUUCGUGCGACUCCUCCCCUCAUACACGCACGCACACGCGUGCGUGCGGCGGGCGUUUAUAGAAGAGGCGCGCGCGCUUCGCAUCCCUCCGGAGCCACUCCAAGAAUUUCUCGGCUUUCCCAUGUCGCUUUACGUCAGUGCCACGCUGCUCCCGUGACGAGCCAGAGGCAAUCGGGUGGUCACUAAAAUAGGUCGAAUCGAGAGAGAAAAAUUUGACGACGGUACAAAAUUGUAUAGUAAAGAAGGGUGAUCAAUUAUUUUCGUGACGCACUGUUGUCGGAAUCUCCCGGAUAUUAAAAGACACCAUCGAAAUAAUAGCAUUUCCAUCACACAAUGGCCGUGGAAAAUAAUGCCAACGGUGGGCGACAAAUCAGGUUGCCAUGGACAACGCAUCAGAAGAAAACGGAACGCGGUUUCGGUUUCGAUACUUUAUGGCCGUCAUGGGUUCUAUCGGCCUCGCCAUUCUCUAUGGCUUCAAAGUUAACGCCAGUGUGGCUAUUGUCGCUAUGGUGAACCAUACAGCUAUUAAAUCCCACACCGAAUUAUCCACGUCGAACGAUUCAGAAACUGACAAUGCCACGCUAACGAGCACAGGCAUUUGCCAGUUUGAUGACACCUCAAACGUCACGGCACACACAAUCGAAAGCGAGGACGGUCCGUUCGUAUGGGACGAACUUACACAGGGUCUCAUUCUAUCUUCCUAUUUCUGGGGCUACAUGGUGUCCAUGCUGCCGGGUGGAAGACUGGCCGAACUCUGGUCAGCUAAGUGGCUGAUGAACGGAUCGGUCCUGUUGAAUGUCGCGGCAUCGAUACUGACGCCCAUCGCUGCGCGUAUUCACUACUGGCUCUUCAUAGCUAUGAGAUUUCUUCAGGGCCUCGGUGGUGGUGUAUCGUUCCCCGCUAUGCACGUAAUGAUCGCAAAGUGGGCGCCGCCGAAUGAAAGACACGUCAUCGCCUCGAUCGUGUACGCAGGAACGGCACUCGGCACCGUGAUUUCCAUCUUAUUAAGUGGCUUGUUGGCCGCAAAUCUCGGUUGGGACUCCAUCUUCUAUAUUGAAGGGCUGCUUUGUCUGAUUUGGUGCACUCUUUGGUGGCUACUGAUAGCGGAUUCCCCGGAAGAACAGACGAGAUUCAUCACUCAAGAAGAGAGGCACUACAUCCUCAUGUCUUUGGGGGGGCACAAGAAGAUUCCCAAAGGGGUUCCAUGGGCGCAAGUGUUUCGUUCGAAACCGUUCAUAGCGAUCUUGAUAGCUCAUUACUGCAGUAAUUUCGGCUGGUAUAUGUUGCUCAUAGAACUGCCCACCUUCAUGAAUCAGAUCCUGAAGUUCGACAUGAGCUCGAAUGCAGGUUUGUCGUCCAUCCCAUUUUUAUGCAUGUGGCUCUUCACCUUGAUUCUCAGCAAAGUAUUAGCCAUCCUGCAGGAGAAACGUCUGAUCACAGUGACAAUAUCCCGAAAAAUUGGUACUCUCUUUGCGUCGCUCGUGCCUAUGGUGUGUUUAAUACAGGUGUCGCAUAUCGGGUGCGAUCGCACGAGAGCAGUCGUGCUGAUGACAAUCGCAGUGACUUGCAUCGGGGGAAUGUACUCUGGUUUCUUGGCAAACCACAUAGACAUCGCGCCGAACUUUGCCGGUAGCCUGGUAGCGGUAACAAAUUUUUUCGCCACCAUACCCGGCUUCCUCGUGCCGAUAUUCGUGGGGCAAAUGACUCGCGAAAACCAAACCAUGGAGGCGUGGAGGAUGGUAUUCUUGGUAAUGAUCAUCCUAUAUAUAAUCGAGAUAUUGGUUUACACUAUCUUUGGAAGUGGCAACGAACAACCGUGGAACCAAAUCGAAACACCCGACGAGGAAGCAAAUAACCAGAUGCUACCUUUAAGACGGAACAAUACAAAAUAAACAAAAAUCCUAUCCUGGCCUAAUUAUUCACGUUUUACGCUAAACCAUUUUGAACGUAUUUAAUAUUCUGCGCAUUUCUUAUAUUCCCAGCGCGGUGGGAAGAGUUUACUAACGUUUUACAGUUUUACAAACAGUUGCAUAAAGAUUAUAAAAAGGAGUUUGCUAUAUACAAGAUGCAUAUUCAUUUUGCACAUAUUUUCAUUUGUUAUACAAUGAGUAAAUAAAGUCUGCAUUAUCUAU